AUGAUGGAAAUGAUCGAUCGUAAUAAGGCAUUAAGAGCUGUAGAUUUGGUUGCAUCUCUCAUGGAGAAUUGUUCAGAUCACAAUAAUGGCGUAUCACAACUAUUAGAAAAGCUUUCUGAAUUUAAAGCUUGCACAGAAUUGCUGAAAACUCUAACAAGUUAUCAGAAUGCAGAACGUGUCGCCUCAGAUGCUAAAAAGAAUUCUUUUUUGCCAGAACUACAAGACAUGAUUAAACUUGACAAAAAUGAACUUGAAGUUCAAAAUUUGAAUAGGGAAUGUAACACCUCCAAGUCUUUGAUAACAGUUAAAAACUUACCUCUCACAAUUCAAGAUGAACAAAAUCUUGCCACUUUGGGGAUGGAAGCUCCUGGAAAGUUGUCAAAGUUACAAAUCUUUUUACGAUCCCUUGAAGAACGAAAAAUAAAUUUGCUCAAGGUUUUAAUCGAAUUUUUGCCAUGCGGAAGUUGCCACAGACAAGCUCUUGUUGAUUUCUCGCCAGAUAAAUAUUCAUUCCUUGCGAAUGAAAAUGUGUCUGCAGAUAUAGAUUAUGAUACAUUUCUAUCAGAACGUAAACUUCCAUUUGAAUUCAGCGACGAUGACAGAUUAGGCCCAUGGGACGUCUUGCUUAGUGAAGAUGCAGUCAAAGAUAUGCGAAGUUUAGAGUCUCCUCAAAUGAUUAAGGCAGUUAUGAAAAAAUUUGGACAUAUAUCAUCCGGAAAAUGGGAUCAAUACGAGCUCAGAAAUAAAAUUGUCGAUUGUAGUUCUGUAGAUGUCUAUGAGAUGGAACUUCCGGAUCAAAAAGGACUGAGAAUUCUUUGGCAAGUAGUGAAAAUAUGGACAGUCACUGCAAAUCAAGAACAGAUUCGCGAGAUGUUAGAAAAUCUUGUAAUCGUUCAUCAAGUCUAUACUAUUAAGCAAAUACAACUAUGCAAGACAGACAAAAAUAAAGACGGCGUUAUUUUACCAAAAAUAUUUAAAGGCUUGAUGUCAAAUUCCACUAACGAAAGAUUAUAUGACCAUCAGGAUGAUGAUGAGAGACUAAUAAAAAAAAAGAUGUCAUUUACUCAAUUUUACGAAUACAUAAAAAAAAAAGAAGAGGAAAACAUCAAUAGCAGCCAGUCUAAUAAUGCAUUGCUUGAGGAGGACGAUGAGAUGAGGAUAUUAGGCGACAUUCCGAACUCGUUUCGUCAGCUAACAGAUGAUCAUUUUCCAUUGUUCAUAACUUAUGAGAAGUUCUCUCAAAUGCUCGAAGGAACUUAUGUAAUUGAUGUUAAUAAGUUAUGGAAAACGAAACAAGAAUUUAAUACAAAAAAUUUUUAUGAGGAUGAAGAAUACAAACCUACGUCCUCCUUUGUCGAUACAUCUGAAAAGUCGUGGGCUCACUUUAUAACCUUUGAACUUUUCGUGAAAAAGUAUUGGAACAAAUUCGGUUAUUAUUAUAGAAAUAAAUUAGAUCCUGCUCUAGUUUAUGCAGAAUUCUCUAUAAUUAAAGGAUCAAAUCCAGAAGUUGAAUGUUUAUCAAGAGAGGAAUACUUGGCCGUUACUACUAAAAAGUAUCCUAUAUUUUAUAACCGUGAAGAAAUCUAUAACCUGUUUGAACGAUAUGAAAAAAUGAAAAAACUUAAUUAUGAUUAUGAUUCAAUAGACCGUUCUUUAAAAGCAGAACGAUUCGCACUAAAUGUCAACUAUCGUUCGCACAAUGGAAUACUUGGGCUUGCCGCAUCAGUUAUUGACCUUAUUCAGUACUUUUUCCCCAAUUCUAUCGACAAAUUGCCACGAGAACGCGGUGAAGGAUAUCAAGACGAAGCUUCUGUUUUUAAAUGUUUCACAGUUGUCGGAAAAUCAGGUGAUGCCAUUGAAUUCGGUGCAAAUCAAGUCAUUAUCGUACGUGAUGAGAAAGCUAAGAAACGAUUAGAAGAAUCUAUUGGAAAAGUUGGCCUAAUUUUAACGAUUUUUGAGGCAAAAGGCAUGGAGUUUAAUGAUGUUCUUUUAUAUGAUUUUUUUACGGAUUCGCCAGCAGGUCAAAAGGUUGCUAGGGACUCUAUACACGAUUUUGAUAAUGAUACUAUAAGGUCAAAUUUUAUUAAAGCAGCAAAGAGUUUCAAGGAAUGUUCUCGACCAAUUCAAGCAGCUUCAUGUUAUCAGGAUAUUGAAAUGUACAAAGAAGCAGGCGAUAUUUAUUAUGAAUCGAAUAUUUUUGAGUCUGCUGCAGAUUGUUACUUUAAAUGUGAGGAGUGGGGGAAGGCUGGUGAAUGUUAUAAAAAAGCAAAUAAAUAUGCAGAAGCAGUUACUGCUUAUAAAAAUGGUGGAUAUUAUGAUAUUGUAAUUGACUUGAUGCAAAGUUAUAGACAAAAAAUCGAUGAUAAAACAUUACGCCGUAUUAGUCGUUUUGUCAACAUCCAUUAUCGUCGUGAAGAUAAUAAGGAAAUGUGUGAAAAGGCUUUUCAUAUUAUCCCAACACAGGAAGAACGAAUAGAAUUUCUGGAAGAUCAUGCUCCAGAAGAGCUCUUGAAAAUCUAUGUGAAAAAAAAGCAAUUUCACGAUGCCGGUGAAUUCUUACGUUCGCGCGGAAAUUUUGAAAAAGCUGCCCUUAUUGUUCUUGGUCGACAAAGAUAUUGGGCUGAAAAGUUAGUUGACCAUCUUUUCCGUUAUCAGUCUCCACAUACAAGUUGUGCUGAGAUUUCUUAUAUAGUGAUCCACAAUCAUCUUAAUGACAUGCGUAAUGAUUUAUUUAAUCUAGUUCAUAAAGUAUGGCUUAAAGAUGGAUUUAAAAGUGGCAAAGAUUUUGGGGUUAUGCUAAAAUGCAUGUCCGUAUUACAACAGUUACGACAUAAAUGGGGUUUCAAUAAAUUCAGAUGGGUAGUGAAUAAACGUUUUGAGGUGAAAAAACCCCCAUUAAUUGGCUUUGAAUACGAUCAAAAACGUCGUUGUGAUGUUUCA